AGUAGUGGAAAGAAAAGAAAAAAAGUUCAUAGAAUAAAACUGGGGAUGUUGAUGAUCCCCUUAUGAAAAUGCUCUAAUUUGAGGAAAUGCAUAGAGAUUCAAUCUCAUCAUAGAGGGGAGAAAAUGAGUGUUGAUAAUGUAUCAGAGGUGAGAUUCUUGAAAGAAACCAAAUAUGAUCUUGGGUGAGAAAGGAGAAGGAUGAGAGUGGAGAAAAAGUUGGAAGGAGGAGGAGGAUGAGUGGCAUUGUCAAAGUGUGGGAAGCGAAGUUGAAGAAAUCUCGAGGCACGGUGAAGAGGAGGGCCAACAGCAUAUUUGCAGCAAUGUCAGUUGCCCAUGUGGACGAUGAGCAUCCCCACGUCGACAAGGACUUCCCCAACCACGACACCUUCUCUGGCCAAUGGUCGGAAAACUGGCCCCACGGCCAUGGCACAUGCUCUUGGGCCGACGGUUGCACCUACGAGGGGGACUGGCACCACGGCUGGAUGAUGGGCCACGGUCGGUUCACCUGGCCCUCUGGAGCCGCCUACGAGGGUGGAUUCAAGAAUGCCUUCAUGGAGGGAGAUGGCGUUUUUGUAGGCUCCUCUAAUGAGAGGUAUACUGGGGCUUGGCAAUCCAACCUCAGGCACGGUAAGGGCGUUUGUCAAUACUCCAACGGGGAUAAAUACGAGGGCCAUUGGCGUCGCGGCCUGCCUAAUGGAAAGGGAAAGUAUAGCUGGAUUAAUGGGAACCAGUACGUGGGGCAUUGGAGGAGGGGGAGAAUGAAUGGGAAUGGAAUCAUGGUUUGGGCUAAUGGGAAUAGAUAUGAAGGUAGUUGGGAGGCUGGGUUGCCCUGGGGCAAUGGGACCUUCCGUUGGGUUGAUGGUAGUUGCUAUGCUGGGGUGUGGAGUAAGGAUCAAAGUGAGCAGAGUGGGACUUACUAUCCAUCGAGUUCUCAUUCGGGUAGCUUUGAGUGGGAUCCUCAAGAAGUUUAUUUGGAGAAUCUGAGUGAUUGUAGGAUCCAUCCUGGUGAGGAGAUUGGUGACUACCCUUGUAUGAAGAUGUUGAACUGGCCUUGUGAUGGGGAGGAAGUUCUAAGGAAUUCUGCCGUGAAUAAUUUGAGGGCGAGCUCUGUGGAUGGUGGGGGGUUAAGCAAUGCAGGCUCUGAGUAUAGUUUUGAUGGGAGCAGUGCUCGCUUUGAAUCUGGUAGGGAUUUGGGGGAGGGGUCCCCCGGGACAAGGAGGGCUGAGGAUUUGGAUACGGUGGCUAGAGGGGUCGGGAGGCCACAUAUCGUUAUCAAGCCAACCAAGAGGCAAGGGAACACUAUAUCCAAAGGGCAUAAGAAUUAUGAUCUCAUGUUGAAUUUGCAGUUAGGGAUAAGGCACGCUGUGGGAAGACCUGCUCCAUCGACAACGCUUGAUCUAAAACCUUCGGCUUUUGAUCCAAGGGAGAAAGUAUGGACAAAGUUCCCUCCUUCGGGAUCCAAACACACCCCGCCUCACCAAUCGUGUGAUUUCAGAUGGAAGGACUAUUGUCCAUUGGUUUUCAGGGCGCUUCGGCAAUUGUUUAAGGUGGAUCCUGCUGAUUACAUGAUAUCCAUAUGUGGAAAUGAUGCCCUCCGGGAGCUCUCCUCGCCAGGUAAAAGUGGAAGCUUCUUCUACUUGACCAACGAUGACAGAUACAUGAUCAAGACCAUGAAGAAGUCAGAGGCAAAACAGGUGCUUAUCAGAAUGCUUUCAGAUUACUAUAAGCACGUCCGCGCCUUUGAAAACACCCUUGUCACCAAAUUCUAUGGUCUCCAUUGUGUGAAGUUGACUGGCGCUGCACAGAAGAAGGUGCGAUUCGUGAUCAUUGGGAAUUUGUUUUGCACGGAAUAUGCCAUCCACCGACGCUUUGAUCUGAAAGGCUCCUCCCACGGCCGCCUAACUGACAAGCCCGAAUCAGAGAUUGAACCAACCAUGACCCUCAAGGACCUCGAUUUGAACUUCAUAUUCCGUUUGCACAAGUCUUGGUUCAGAGAUUUCUGCAGUCAAAUAGACAGAGACUGUGACUUACUUGAACAAGAGAGAAUCAUGGAUUACAGUCUUCUUGUUGGCAUUCACUUCAAAGACCUGACCAAUGCCGGGGAGCCCCUAAUUAUGUGUGCCCAAACGCCUCUAGGCAACGGAUCACCGGACCGCAGCCAGUAAGAUGCUUCCCAAAAUCAAUCUUCUUAUUCCUAACAGAAAAAAUGACAAGUGGUUGUGGCAGGUCGACAACGUUCAAACUAGGUGCCAACAUCCCUGCACGAGCCGAGCUGACAGUAAGGAAAAAUAAUGGGGAGGCUCAGCUAGUGGGAGAG